AUGGCCAGCGAAUUAAGUUUCACUGUUCACGAGGAUCCUUUGAGAGUGACAUACCCUUAUAUUGAGGAUCUAUCAGUGCCAACAAGAUGGCUGAUGGAUAUCCAGACAAAAUGUGAAAUUCAAAACGUGGUACCCUGGGUUUCUGGAGUUCAGCUUAAAAAUGGCGAGAGCUGGUACGACUACAAAGAGAUCGAUAGGCCUUUCUCCUCCCCAAGAGAUAGCGCGGUUCUUCACGUUGUGCAGCUAGUUGCUGUUAUUAUCUCAAAAAACCCUUAUUCGACGACAGAUCAGGAUUAUAGCCCACCUGUUAUGCGAGGCAUUCUGUUGGAUUACCCUUCGGAAGGGACAUUGGAGCAGGCUCUGAAGGCGACAGAUGGAAGCAAUCACCCGUGGCGCAGAUGGGCGCUACAGAUUGCUGAUGCCCUUUACCGGCUUCGUCCCAGCAAUAAUACACAUAUGGAUCUGAAGCCUUCGAACGUUGUGAUUGUUAAAGGAAUGCCGUUCUAA